GAUUCGCUUAGAUCCAUUUGCUUUCUGUUCCUCUGAGCUGCCUCCUUGUCUACAUGUGGCUCAGAGAAGUUAAACUGCAGUUUCAGGCUGCGGACUAGACGGAAUGCAAGGCUGGCAGUUUGUAACGGCAGCAUUUUAAGAGGUGACAUGCAGUUACUUCUAGCCCAGAUAAUGUGUGUCCUAUCCCUGCCUGGCACCACAGCUGCUAAAACAAUGAAGUUCCUUGCAGAGAUGGAAGACACCCUGCUGAAGAACUUGUUUCGAGGAUACCAGAAAUGGGUUAGACCAGUUAGAAACUGCAAUGAUACAAUAAAAGUAAAGUUUGGACUUGAAAUCUCCCAGCUUGUUGAUGUGGAUGAGAAGAAUCAGCUGAUGGCAACAAAUGUUUGGUUAAAGCAGGAGUGGAAUGACUAUAAGCUGAGCUGGAAUCCAGAUGAUUAUGGUGGCAUUAGCACGAUCAGGGUUCCUUCUGAGUCCAUUUGGCUGCCUGACAUUGUCUUAUAUGAAAAUGCAGAUGGACGUUUUGAAUCCUCCCUCAUGACAAAGGCUAUUGUGAAAUACAAUGGGACAGUGAGGUGGACGCCUCCUGCGAGUUACAAGAGCUCUUGCACAAUAGAUGUCACCUUUUUUCCGUUUGACAAACAGAACUGCUCAAUGAAAUUUGGAUCUUGGACCUAUGAUGGUGGAUUGGUUGACCUGAUUCUAGUGGAUGAAGAUGUGGACCAGAAGAAUUUCUUUGACAAUGGAGAGUGGGAAAUCUUAAAUGCCACUGGGAUAAAAGGGAUAAGAAAGGAUGGUUAUUAUUCCUAUCCAUUUAUCACCUAUUCUUUUAUACUGAGGCGCUUGCCUUUGUUCUACACAUUGUUUCUGAUUGUCCCUUGCCUUGGCUUAUCUCUUCUAACUGUCCUGGUAUUUUACUCACCAUCAGACGAAGGGGAGAAGCUAUCACUAUCCACUUCAGUUCUAGUUUCCUUGACUGUGUUCCUCUUGCUUAUUGAAGAAAUAAUCCCUUCCUCCUCAAGGGUCAUCCCUCUGAUUGGUGAAUACUUAUUGUUCAUUAUGAUCUUUGUCACCCUCUCGAUCAUUGUUACUGUCUUUGUUAUAAAUGUACAUCAUCGAUCCUCAACCACUUACCACCCCAUGGCUCCAUGGGUCAAAAAGCUAUUCCUUCAAACCCUUCCUAGGCUUCUGUGUAUGAGGGGGCAUACUGACCGCUACCACUGUCGGGGAAGUGCUCCCAAUAGUCCAAAGGGAAAGCAAAGAGCCAACGAGAAGCAUCGUCACACUUCGGCAAAGAGCGAUGAAAAUGCAGCAAUGGUGGCCAUCCUAGAAAAGGCUGCUGAGUCGGUGAGAUACAUCUCAAGCCACAUAAAGAAGGAACAUUCCAUUCGUGAGGUUGUGGAAGACUGGAAAUUUGUAGCUCAAGUUCUGGACCGGAUCUUCUUAUGGCUAUUUUUGCUAGUGGCCAUUCUUGGAUCAGUGUUGAUAUUUGCACCAGCGCUUCGAAUGUGGGAGAGCAUUGUCAUAAUGCCCAGUGUAAACUAUAAUAAUUAACCUAAGAUAUGGCCCAUUAAUGUUUUGGAGCUGGUUUGCUAAUGUAUCACUUGUUACUAGAUUCAACUAUAUUUUGUAGAAAGAAAAUGAUUUGAUAAGUAGUCACUUGAAAGGCAUGGGAAAAUACAUCCACAUAGGUAACAGGCAGGGUUUUCAUUAGGUUGCUGCAGAAGUACCAAAAUCAUUCAUCCUAAGAACUUUAGUGGCAAAUUAUGUGCAGCGCAAAUUAGAUUUCCGUGUAUUUUGAAAAGCUGAUGGAAGAAUUAGAUGUUGGCCUUGUCACAGACUGACCGCACUCACCAGAAUGGAUCAGUUGUUGCAACAAGUAUCCACUAAUCACACCUGUCUAUGGGCCUUUGAGUGGAAACAUGGGGAAAUAGGAGCAAGAGUAGGCCUUUUGGCCCUUUUAAGUUCAUUCUUCCAUUCAAUACCAUAUUCCUGCUUGUAAAUUUAGAUUCCUUUAGAUACAAGCUGUAUAGAAACUUCAAAAUUUAUUCCUUUUCAUUAAUGACCAUUGUUAACUGGCAUGACUGGAAAAUAAUUCUGUGUAUGUUUUUGAAGUCAUUUUCAGUAAGUUAAAACUUGAGGGUGGUGCUUGGGACACUGAAAAUUCUUAUUAUUUUAUGAUUUCCCCUAUUUUCAGCCACAUUAAUCAAACUGCAUCCUGUAUAUCACUUUUAAACAUAACAAAGGAUAGAUGUAAUACAAUUGUUAAAAAUUCUGUUCAAAAAUGCUGUCAGGAUGAACAGCUCCAUGGAAAACUUUCCAUUCAUUGGUAGAUAAAUGAGUUUGAAUGGAAACUUGAGGAAAAAGACAACUCUGACAAUUAACUCCAUUUUGAGCAUAUUCUGCACCCAGAUUACCCAUUGUAUUCAAAGCAGAACUCUGCAUGAUGUAUUUCAUCACCUCAAUGUUGUGGCCACAGUUAACUUCAAUACUUUAUAUUUUGAUUGGUGAAAGAAAAAUUCUGCAGUGGAAUCAUAUAGUCACUGUCAAUGUUCACAUAUAGAUGCAUGGACACAUUUAUUAUAUGAAUCAUAUUAAUAUAUUUUUGGCAAAAGGGCACAGCCUUGAGGAUUUUACAGAACAAAAAAUGUAUUAACUAUGUCAUUGGACACUUUGCCAUGGUUUGAUUGAGCAGUCACUGAUAAUGGUCACUUUGUUAAAAAGUACCAGCAAAUUAGGUCUUCUUGGUUAAGUUAAUGAUGCUGGCUAUUUAGUUGCUCUGUUUAACAAUGCUCUACCUUUAGAGAAUAAAAAUGAGAAACCUUAGGUCUAUUGCCAUUGGUUCAUUCAUACCUUCACCACUUCCAUGUUAUGUGCUGCCUUGUUUCAGCUGAGUUUGUUGCUCUAAAUCACAGUCAGGAUUUCAAAGAAUUGAGAUGCACAUAUAAUUUAUGCUUUCUUGAGUCCUGGCUUUAUUCCUUACAGCUGGAUUCACUUAUCUUGCAGUCUACAAACCACGUUAAUUUGUAUAUCAGUGUGCUUCAGUAAAAUAAAGUAUUCUCGUGUUAUGACUA